AAGGAGGAACAGUUAGAGGAGCCGGGGUGAAUUUUGGGCAGCUGCACCCAUUUUGGACAGAUUGGAGAAAGACAGAAGCUGUUCAACAUGUGGAAAAAAAUAAUCUUUUAAAUAGUUUAAUUUUAAAUUAUUUUAGAUUCAUUUUAAGCAUUUAUUUAUUUAUUCCAAUUUUUUUUUUUUUUGCUUUUAGGUGUGUGUCCUGUGUUUUUUACUUUUAAACAUUUUAGUUAUUUUUUUAGGUGAAAUAGUAAAUGAUGGAGCUAGAGCAUUUAGGAGGUGGGGGGGUUAAAACUGAGAGGGGUGUCGGUCGUCUCUACAAGAUCGCUCUGGCCAUGUGUGUGUGCCUCUGCGCCGCUCUUCUGCUUGGUCUCAUACUGGUGUCCCAGAGAUCCAGUAAAGCGGAGUUUUGCCUUUCGCCAGAAUGUAUUGAAGCAGCGGGGUCCAUAUUGAGUAAACUAGACCGAACUGUCAACCCCUGCGAAGACUUCUACACGUUUUCUUGUGGCGGUUGGCUGAAGGAGAAUCCGAUUCCUGAAGAUUCGUCUUCACAUGGCAUCUACCCGUGGCUGAGGCAGCAUGUAGACAUAAAACUCAAAGAGUUGUUAGAGGCUCCUUCCCAUGCUAAAGAACUGGAGGCUGUGACCAAAGCUAAGAUCCUGUAUCGCUCCUGUAUGAAUGAAAGCAUACUGGAAGAAGUGGACACCAGACCGAUGCUAAAAAUGCUCCGACAGCCUGAGUUUCGGUGGCCUGUGGUGGGGGAUGGGCUUGGCGGCCAGUACCAGUGGUCUCAGAGUCAGUGGAGUCUCCUGAAGACGCUGGCAGAGAUGAGGAACCAACACAGCAAGAGUGUCCUGAUACGUCUGUACGUCUCCCCUGAUGACAAAAACUCCUCGUACUACAUAAUCAAGCUCGAUCAGGCUUCGUUGUCUCUUUCUUCAAGAGAAGACUACACCACCAACACUUCCUCUGCUCUGGAGAACCGAGCUGCAUUGCUGAGUCUGAUGGUGGACGUGGCUGUCAUGUUGGGAGCCCCGAGAGAAGCAGCACAGGCCCAGAUGGAAAAAGCCCUUGAAUUUGAGUCCAAAAUUGCUCAUAUUCUGAUUCCCUAUGAAAACCGCACCAGUGAGAACAUGUACAACAAAUACACGCUUUCUCGGUUGCAGCGCUCCAUGCCACAGUUCGAUUGGCUUGGGUUUGUGAAAGCCGUGGUGGAGUCUAAGGAUGAUCCAAGUUUGUCUAUUUCUUCCUCUGAGCCUGUUAUCGUCAGAACCCCCAAAUAUUUUAAAGAACUCAUGAAGCUUAUCGACAGCACAGAUUCCAGGACGAUAGCCAACUACAUCCAGUGGAGGACAGUUUUUUCUAAGAUCACCACUCUGAGUCGUCGUUUCCUCUACAGAUACCUCGACUUUGCUCGGGUCAUAUCAGGAACUACCUCACUGACUCCACGCUGGGAUAAAUGUGUGAACUACGUGGAGAACUCCCUGGUUUAUGCCACAGGGCGCCUUUUCGUCGACGCGCACUUCCAGGAGGACAAGAAGCACAUGAUGGAAGAGCUUAUUGAGGGGAUUCGGUGGGCAUUCAUCGACAUGUUGGAGAAGGAAAAUGACUGGAUGGAUGAACAAACAAAACAGAGAGCCGUUGAAAAGGCUCACGCAGUACUGGCUAAGGUUGGCUACCCAGAGUUUAUUUUGAAUGAUACCUACCUCUCAGAAGAUAUAAAAGAGCUAGAGUUCAAUGAAAAGGAUUAUUAUGGUAACGUGAUGCAGACUCUGAAAAUGAUCGCCAAAUCUGACGUCUCCUGGCUUCGAAAAAGUGUCCCACGAACAGAAUGGUUUACAAACCCAACCACCGUGAAUGCCUUCUACAGUUCCUCCACAAAUCAAAUCAGAUUCCCAGCUGGAGAGCUUCAAAAGCCCUUUUUCUGGGGAAAAGAGUAUCCAAGAUCAUUAAGUUACGGUGCCAUUGGGGUGAUAGUUGGACAUGAGCUAACUCACGGUUUCGACAACAAUGGUCGCAAAUAUGACAAAAAUGGUAACCUGGACCAGUGGUGGAGUGAAUCAUCUGUAACUGCCUUUAACGAGAAGACUCAGUGUAUGAUUGAUCAAUAUAAUGACUAUUACUGGGAGGAAGCCGGUCUCAAUGUGCGUGGUAAGAGGACCUUGGCAGAAAAUAUUGCAGACAAUGGGGGAGUAAGAGAGGCUUUCAGGGCCUACAGGCGGUGGGUGGACAACAGCAGAGGCGGCGUGGAGGAGCCUCUGCUGCCAGGAGUUGAUCUGAAUAACAAUCAACUGUUCUUCUUGAGCUAUGCACACGUUAGAUGUAACUCCUACAGACCAGAAGCAGCCAGAGAGCAGAUCCAGAGUGGAGCUCACAGUCCUCCUAAAUACAGAGUCAUCGGAGCGAUGAGCAACUACGAGGAGUUUCGAAAAACGUUCAACUGUCCCCAGUCGUCGGCCAUGAACCGAGGAGCUCAGUCCUGCCGUGUAUGGUGACCUCUGACCUCAGUCUGAAGCCCAGAACCACGAUCCAGCUGUCAUCUUAAAAGGGUGGUAAUAUUUGAGACCAUUGCCGAAAAAGUUUUUAACAAUGAGGGGAACAGCAAGAAAGUAAGUUGAUUGUUCAGCUGAAAAAAAUAAACUUGUUUAAUACAUGGAUGUUUGAGGUGCAAAUGGACAUAUUUUGGUACUGAAGCCAUUUUCUAACGUGAUAGUUUUUAUGUCUAAUAAAAGAAUGCAUCAAUCAUUAAAGGACAACAAUUUAGGUAUCCUACCAAAAAAUAUUUACAAAAAGUUUAAUAUUAUUAUUGUUUAAAAAAAAAAACUAUAUGUAGAUGUAAAUAUACAAUGUUAGCUUUUUUAAUUAAAAUGCAUAUUCUGGUUAUAACUGGAGGAGGAGGCUUAUGUUAAAUGACUAUAAACACUGUUAACCAAAAUUACUUUAUGUUUGAGCCUUAUUUUUUUUUCUGUACAUUUUAAUGUUUAAAAUCAACACUGAAACAAGAAAAAAAAAAAACACUUGCUAGAUUGUUUUUGAAAUUUAAAACUGUCCGAAAGCAGGUAAAUGUUUUAUAUAUUAAGGGAAAAGUUUUUGGAGUUAAGGUUUUACGUUUUAUCACUGUUUCUGUUCAUUGUAUUGUGUCAAGAAACAAUAUUUAUGUUGAUAUUUUGAGGAUUUCAAGUUCUGUGGUUCUUUAAAAUUCGGUGCAUGAACCGAGUAAAUGGGAUCAGCUUAACUAUCAGCAGCUCUUUUUAAACAAUAUCUAAAAUGUAACAUUAGAAAAAUGCAUUUGUAUUAAAAAGUAAUUAAGUCAAAGAAUUUCAAUCUAGAAAUGCUUAUCUUAUUAGAAAAAAAGGUGAUAUUAAACAUUUCUUUAUUUUUUUUUGUUUGAAUUUGGACACAUCUCUAGAUUAAUCACUAGCUAAGCAUGUGUGUAACAAUAAUAAAUGACCCCAUGGCGGUCUUGUGUUAAAUAUCUUCGGUUAAAAUAAGAUGAAAACUCGAAUGCGCUAAUUUUACAUCUUUCACAAACUAUUCUAAAUGUUUUUUGAGGGGAAAAAGACACGCUUUACACCAUAAAAUAGUUUGAUUGAAAAACCAAAAAAAGGUUGGUUUGGAUGUACAGGGCGAUUCAUUUAAAUAUUAAGUGUUAUGUUUAUCAUCAUUAUUAUCUGUUGUUAUUUUUUGAAAACUGUCAUAUUUCUGUAACUUACUGUGAAGAAUUGUGUUUCUGCGAUGUAAGUUUAUGUAAGGAUUUCACGUAUCAGCGUUUAUUCUUCUUUUGGGUUUAAAAUAAAACUCUGGGACACCAUGGUGCGUCCUGUACAUUACCAUUACUAAUGAUUAAACUCUCAUCUGAGAUCAAAGUGACAGACAGGGCACAGAUAAACCUGAUGGAUGGACAACAAGAGCUCAUCCCUGCAUUGAUUUCUUUUCUUCUUUUUUUUUCUACAUAUAUAUUUUUUUUGCCCUUCUGGGUUUGCUUUUACAUCACACAUCCAUUCUCAUUCAUUUAUAUCAACAGUUGCCAUGGAAACCUGGUCUUUAGCCUGAUGCAGAGUGUUUGUGGCUAUUGGUUGAGCUUACAGUAUCCAGCAGGGGCGUUACAAUAAUGACUUGUAUUUGUGGCACAACCAGCAGUAGCCUCAUCAGUUUAGACCCAAUUAGGAAAAGCAAUGCAGCGGUCCCAUCUGUUAUUGUGGGAGCCAAUCUCAAUGGGGAGUUAGGGUGAUUAAAGGUUUGUGGGUGUGUGUGUGUGUGUGGGGGGGGUGAUAGGGUACGAUAAUGACUAGGGCGGAUGACUGCAGCAUCUAACCUGUGUCGGCCAUACAUUCAUCAACACUGGCUCUAUUGAUCGCUGAUAAGGGACGGAUGAAACUGUUGCUCACAUUUUUCUUUCAUCCAAGCUCUGUCCUCCCAUGUAACAAAAUGCUUUUAGAGUGUUUUAGAGUGUUUAGGUUUUAAAAUUGUAGACUUAUUGAUAAUGAUCUAUAAAUAAGAAUAUAGAGGAACAAGCUACAUCUAUGAGAUAAUUUAAUAAACCAUGCAGUAAAUGUUUUUAAUGUUUUAUCACGCUACAACCAAAAUCUUUAAUGUAUUGUAUUGCUGUUUAACUUGAUAGAUGAACGCAAAGUAAUAAAUAUUUUUCAUGUGGAAGGAAAAUCGUACAUGGUUUAACAAAAUAAAAAAUAAAUAAAAAA